GUGUGUUUACCUAUAAUAAUUUAUAGGUCUAAAAAUUUAUUUGUAGAAUGUCGAUGAUGCCCUCGAAAUCAUUAUGCUGCUCAGCUGCAGUUGAAAAUAUUUUGUAAAUCACUAUACAAACCUUCUCAUGAAAAAAUAUUCGGAUUGAAUUGUUAUUUUAUAAACGUAAACAACUCAUAUUACGUAACCUCAACUUCGAUAAUCUCAUCUGUUCUAUCCGUGAAUAAAAUCAACAACUAAAUUUGCUAACUAUGAUAAUAUGAUAAUAUAUUAUAAACUUUAACAAUCAAAAUUUUGUGAUUUGAUAAAAACAGUGGUUUAUAAUUCAUUCAUCGAAAUUCUUUUAAUAUCCUAAAUGAUAUAUAUUGCAAUGAUAGUGAUUGUGGAUAUGCCUCGAACAAUUUAAACACACAGAAUGUAUUAAAAUUUUAAAUUUUAAGUUGAAAAGAUACAUAUCUAUAUAGUUUUAUAUAGAGCUGUAACCACAUCCAAUGCAUCAAUACCUAUGUAUGAAACAACAGCAUAGUUAUGACAGCAGAAAGAAAAGACUGUAAAUUGAAAAACUCCCUCAUUAUUGAAAACAGCAAUUUCAGAAAUUUUGUUUCGAGUAGAUGCUCCAAAAAAUAUCCAUCUACUUACAAUCAUUCUCCAUUCGGUAAUUCUAAUGAUGACCAAAGUAAUAGAAUUGGAUCUUUUCUACAAAAUGAGAAUCAUCCCUUGAGUAAAAUUAAUGAUGACGAACGAUUGAUGGAAAAAGUAGACGAUUCAAAAAAAAAUAUUAAAUAUCAACAUAAAAAAUUCAAAAAAAUGGCAUCGAGCGAAGAGAAUAAAACAAAUAGUGAAAUUCCUUGUGAAUUUUUAAGCUACAUUCGUAAAGAAAAUGAAAAUGAAAAUAUUAGUAUCGAUCAAUGUCGCAGUAAUAAUGUAAUCGGUGCAUAUUAUUUCCGUUUUAACUCUAAAUGCUCAUGCUACGAUUGUAGCCAUUCAUCAAAAUUCUCUCAUAUUUUUGGUAAAAAAAAAUAUACAUGCCUUUUAUGUGGAUUGAUCUUUUCAUCAGAUAUAAAUUUAAAAAAACAUCACAAGUACAGAAAACAUAAACCAUCUGCUCAGAAGUCUUUUCGGCCGAAGGUCGAAAAUGAAUUUUCGGUAGCAUCAGAGGAUUCAAAUUCCAAUUCAUCCAGUUCUUCAAAUUUCUUUAAAGAUUCAUGUGAAAACAACUCAGAUUCUUGUUCAAAAUCUUUAAAUUCGUGCAAAAAAAUCUAUAAACCAAAAUUUCACUCAUCGACGGAGACAUUUAGUAAAAACAUUAAAUGUUCAGAAUCAAUAGCACAACAAAUUCUUCCAAAUAAUCGAUCAUGCGAAAAUGAUGAUAAAGCAAUUCCAAUCAAUUCCGAACAAAAGGACUCUUAUCUACACAAUACAUUUUCAUUUGCACACAAUUCAAAUCAUGGUUAUAAUCGAGAAUAUGUCAAUGCAAAUUACAGUCGUAAACAAAAAUAUUUACUGCAUUCAUUUUUACCCGAUCAGACGAAACAAGUUAAAGUUAUUGAUAAAGUCAAUAAUUCGAUUGUUAUCAGUAGAACUGAUUUAGUGAAUGACGCAAGUAAAUUCUCAAUAAUAAUAAGUCCGCAAAACGCAAACACUUAUAAUUUUAAAAAUGCUCAAGAAAAUUGGGCAAAAGAAAAUAUAGUUAUAAGAGAAAACAAUAAGCAAAACAAAACUUUUAAAAAUAAAAAUGAAAAAAAUUAUGUUUCGGGCUCACUGGUUACAAGAGACAUCUCGCACCCGAAUGGACCAACAAUCAAUUCAACAGUUAUGGUACCUGAAAUUUCUCUCGUUGAAAAACACAUUCCAGACAGCAAAAAUUGUAAUAAGUCCUUUAUUCCCGAAAUUGCUUCACGCCCGUCAACACUUUCACUUGACAAAUUUAUCAUUAAUUCUAAAGUAUCUGACGUUUCACAUGUGCCUCAUACUUCAACUUUAAGUAGUCCAGAAACUCCUCGUCCCAACAAAUCGUAUGGACAAAUGUUUCAUAAUGGUCAUGCUUACACUUAUCUCGGGCUCAAGUGCUCUACUCGAAUGUUUUAUUGUACUCUAAACAGAACUCAACCUAUGUAUGUUCAACAUCAGCAUGGGAUUUCCAUGUAUUGCAAUUGGAAAAUAUGCGAAGAAAUAUCGACUACCUCCAAAUAUGAGCUCAGUAAUUAUGACUCAAGAAAUCGAUCUUCUAAUUACACUAUGGCUGGAGAUAAUUAUGAAGGAAUUAUUACUCAUUCAUUACAUCGACCAGAAAAGUUAAAUAAAAAAUGCAAAAGUCUAAUUCUCAAGAAUAACGAUGAAAAAAACUACUACAUAAAAGAUGAUUCUGAUAUCAGUGUAGAUGAUGAGAAAGACUACUUAUAUGUUCGAGGACGAGGUGAAGGCAAAUUAAAAUGUGAAAAAUGUGGAAUUCGUUGUAAGAAACCCUCUAUGAUGAAAAAACAUUUGAAGACUCAUACAAAUUUAAGGCCAUUUUCAUGCAAGCAAUGUUGCUUUAGCUUCAAAACUAAAGGAAAUUUGACAAAACACGAAAAAUCAAAAACUCAUUUUGAACAUCGAGCUGAUUCCAAUGAUAAAUUUAUCCGUCCAGAUUCUUUCGUCUUUAAUAAAGAAUUUGUGAGUUCUGAAGAUAGUUCUUCUAAAGAUGGUGAUUUUACUGCUGAAAGUACUUGUAAAAAACCUUAUAAUGACUGCAUGAAAAUUCAAGAAGCAGCUAAAAGUUUAUUAUGUCUCGCUGACACAACAAUGGAUCAUGCAAGGAAACCUACUAUCAGGCCAUUAACUUAUCCUUACGAUUCUAACAUAAAAAAUGAAAGCAUUUCUAAUGAUCAUUUACACUCAUUAAACGAAAGUUUUAUUGAAAAAAAUGUAAAUUCACCAAUAGAUUUGAGAAUAAAGCAAAAGAUGGAAGUGAACCUUAAUCAUAAAUCCGAACCUGCAAAAGUGCAUAACAACGAAUCUUUUAAUCAAAAAAUGAUACAAGCUUACGUUACAGAACGUCACUUACUUAAUGAUAAAUUAAAAGGCCACUGCAAAACAAUAUCAGUCAUAUCAGAAAAUUUUCAACCUGAUAAUAUUGAUCUACAUGAAACUCAGGAACUUACAAAUUAUAAUACUUUUUAUCAGCAUGAUAAUAUUACAGAUUUUGUUGAAAACCACACAUCACAUCAACCCCUUCAAGAAAAGCCAGAUUUACGUAAUUCAGUCAUUAUCAGAUCCAAUGAAAGUGAUGAAAUGUUAAUGAAAGAUGAUCCUUCCGCCGUUAUCAGUGACCCUAUAGAAGCUGAUAAUCCUGAAAUAUUAUAUUAUAAUAAAAACGAAAACGUGAAUGUUAAUGAACCGUCUAAGAGUGAAAAUUUAAUACAUAAAUUAAAUAAUUUAACAACUAACCCGAGUUUGUUAAAAUCUUCAUCGAUACAAACAAAAUCCCACUUUCUCAACAUAACAGAAAAAACACGAAGCAUGUGCAAUAUAUGUAAUAAGAUUUUCAAUAAACCAAGUCAACUCAGAUUACACAUAAAUAUACAUUAUUUUGAAAGACCAUUUAAAUGCGAAAGUUGUGGAACAUCAUUUCGAACUAAAGGUCACCUUACGAAACAUGAAAGAUCUACUCUUCAUCACAAUAAGGUUAGCAUGACUUCAACAUUUGGCACAGCUACCGCGUCGAAUCCUCGUCCAUUCAAAUGCAUUGAUUGUAAAUCAGCAUUCCGAAUCCACGGUCAUUUAGCUAAGCAUUUGAGAAGUAAAAUGCACAUAAUGAAAUUAGAAUGUUUACGAAAAUUGCCUUUCGGAACUUAUGCAGAAAUUGAGCGAUUGGGUAUCAAUUUGAAUGAAAUGGAUACUACAGACUGUAAUACUAGUCUAAAAAAUCUUCAAAUUAUAGCACGAGGAUUUGUGGAAAAAGAUGGUUUAACAAUAACCCAAGAAAAAAAGAAACAGUCAAGCCAAGAUGAAAGAUCUACACUACAUCAGGCUCCAUUAUCAAUUUCAACUAGUUUGUACGAUGUUGAAUCUACUGUUGAGUCAAAAAAGAUGACAAACCCAAAUGCUGAUAGAACAACCGAUUUAUUUCAAGAAAAUGAUUCGACUUAUUCAUCUUAUAAAGUUGAUGACCUAUGCCUUAACAAAGCGCAAGAAAUACGAAAUGACGAGUGAAAAAAGAUUUUUAACUGUUAAUGUAAUAAUAAGAGCUAUGAUUAUUUAAUAUCUUCGUAUAACUACAUUUUUGCAAUCAUUGUUGUAUGUCGUUUAAAAUUUGAGCCUAGUCAAUAUAAUGUUUCACGAUAAAUGGUGUCAGGGUUAAAAGUUUAAUUGCAUUAAUGAUGUACAUAUGCCUGAUCUUAUGUUCAUUGAAUAUAUGAAAUAUAAUAACAUUUUUCGAAACUUUUAUAUUAUAUCUUGUAAAAUCUACGUUGAUUUUAUAGUAGAUUUUAAGGUGCCUUAUUCUAUUUUAUAAAA